AUGUCCGUCACAGCACUGCCGCCGCUCCCGCUCGACCGGGCAUCGCCGGCGACGCGACUGCUGGAGAAGCGACGGCAGAUGUUCGAGGUGCAAGAGGCGCUCGAUUCGCAGGCGGAAGAGUCUCGCCGGCGCGAGCUCGUCUUUAAGCAGCGUGAGGAGGCGCUGCGCACCAAGGACCGCGAGCUGCAGGAGUCGCUGAUCAAGUUCAACCGAUUCCUGCAGGACAACGACGCGAAGCGUCACCGCGCCGAGAAGAAGGAACGCGAGGCCCACCGGCAGCGGGUCGCGCGUGAGGAGGAGAUUGCGCAGCUCAGCUCGACGCUGCACGAGGAGCAGGCAAAGAGGGCAGAGAGGGACGGGGAGCUGCGAACAAUGGCGCGCUACUCGGCCUUCAUGCAAGCGUUCCAGCGCGCCCAGACAGAGUUCCCCGAGAUCGACGACGUCCUCUCCCGCUACGACACGCUGCGUGCCGCGCACGACCACCUCGUCACCCGCUCGCGCGAGGCUGACGCAAAGGUUGAGGGGUCGCGCUCUCAGCUGCAGGCGGUGGUGCGAGAGACGAGCAACGAGGUGCUCGCUCGCAACAACCGGAUCGCGGAGCUGCAGCACGCCUCCGACAGCGCCGUCUCUGAGAGCCUCGCAGCUUCAGCGAGCGCGGAGCACGAGUGCGCGGCACUCGUAGAUCGCAAGCUGCAAGCGGGACAGGUGGUGAUGGCGUGCGAGUACAUCUACGAGCGAUGCGCAGACCGCUCUGCUGUACGGCAGGCCAAGGCAAAGAGGGCGGCCGCCCCGGACCCGUUGGCGGAGGCCUCCGUCUCUGACCUGCUGCGCAAGCUCAAUUUUAUCCGUGACUUUGCGCUCGACCUGACCGAGAUUGUCCAGGAGGGUCGCAGCACCGCGGACUCGGCUGGGGGCGCGCCUGAAUAG